GUUGUGAUAAACUUAUUAAAUAGAGUUGACGUUGAAAAUGAUGCGCUCUCACUAAAAACAAUAAGGUUGAAGCGCAAUGCUUUUCUUCUCUUUUUUCAAGUCUCUGGUAGGGAAAACAGUUGUGGUGGAAUUGAAGAAUGACCUCAGCAUAUGUGGCACGCUACACUCCGUUGAUCAGUUCCUCAACAUCAAGUUAUCAGAUAUCACCGUCACUGACCCAGACAGACAUCCACACAUGCUGAGUGUGAAGAACUGUUUCAUCAGAGGCUCAGUGGUGAGGUACGUGCAGUUGCCUGCAGAUGAAGUUGACACGCAGUUGUUGCAGGAUGCGUGCAGGAAGGAAGCGGCACAGGCUGCAAAGUGAUAUGCAAAAGGGCACCUUCCGAAACUGUCACCUGCCCUGUUUUUUUUUGCACGACAGUGGAAUCAUUCUGGUUAUUUAUGGUUAUAUUGUGCCCAUCGGAGGUGAUCUGGACAUGAAAGAUGUUCCCAAUUUGGCGAGGGAACUCAUUGUUUUUCUUUAAUCAAAUAAACUGUGAUCGCUAAUGUCGAUUUUUGUUCUGUUUUUCAAUUGAUCUAUUUGACAU